CGGGCGAAUAACGCCAUCUAGACGGCGGAGUUUGGCGGUGUGGCGCAACCGUUACCGUUAGGGCGCGUACAGGGCCCUGUUGUUAAGGCCGUAUCGGUGCCCAAUCGUUUGACCGCCAGAGCUUCGCUCGGCUUUGCAUGCACUUGUUUCUGGAGCGAAGGGCCUGGGCCGCGCCGCGCUUGGGCUCACUGGCACCGGCAGGGCGACGACUGCGGGCCGUGCCGCGGCCGCCACACGGCGUCCUCCCACCCAGCGCUGCCGACGUGCGCGCCGAGGCCCACCGGACCUCGGCCAUCAUGCUUCUGCUGCAGGUGGUCCUUCUGUGGUCCCUCUCGUGCAUAACGGGCGCGCAGCAGCAGGCCGCCGCGGACAGCCACGGCGAUGACGCGACGACCCACCGUGAACUCUCCCUGGAGGCGUUGGAGGCCAUGCCCGUGAACUUCUCUAGUGGGCACCGCAUCGUCGGGGGCCUCGAGGCGUCCCCGGGACAGUUCCCGUACCAGGUCGGGAUCUUCAUCGAGAAGGGUCCCAUCAUCAAGAGGGGCACGAGCUUCUGCGGCGGCUCGAUCCUCAGCGAACGGAUCGUCAUGACGGCCGCCCACUGCACACCGCGUGAUACACUGAAAAUCACUGUAUACGCCGGAGCGCUUAGCAUACGACGUGAUGAGUCACCAAAGAUCACUGUUGACGCGUUCUACGCCCACGAACGUUUCUCAAAGGAUCUGCUCAACGAUAUCGCCCUUCUGCACUUGAGCUCGCGCUUGGAAUUCAACGAUCGUAUUCAACCGAUAAAUUUGCCGCCAAAAGACGUCGGGCCCCUAGCCGGUUUGAAGGUGGUGAUGAGCGGCUGGGGGCGUACUUCAACGCGUAGACGGCGAGCUAUCGCCCGUGCUUCGCUACGUCGAGUCAACCGCCUUGACGAAUCUAAUCUGCCAGGUGCCCUACGCCCUGUUCGCACUCAUAGACGAAUCCCACCUGUGCGUGUCUGGUUGGUUCAUGAAGGGGACAUGCAUGGGGGACUCAGGCGGGCCACUCACGAUCAAGAAGGACGGCAAAAUCAUGGUAGUCGGUAUCGUCUCCUUCGGGAUCAAGUUCAGCUGUAAUGUGUCCUGGCCUCCGGUGUUUACCAGGGUCACCUCCUACCUCGAGUGGAUCAAAUACUGGUGGGAUGAGCUGGAGAAGGGCCACAAAGGGCACGGGGUCAAGUGGCUAGAAUAAUGAUUUGUAUGGUACCGGCGUUUUUUUACCUGUGAUCAGAUUUUAAUGUUACGACUAUUUCAGUGUUGAAUAAAGACGGUCUUUACGGGCUCACGAA